AUGCGUCAGGGAGAUCAUCAGUUAUUCAACGAAUACGCUACAAAUAAGAGUGCUGCCGCAGCAAACUGCGAAGAUAUGCAGAUUCAUAAGGAUAUUCUGACCCAGUUCAUUAUCACCGGCGCGAAGCCAUAUCUCCAGCAAGAAUGGGAAAUGGACCGCGAGCAACCGAAAGCUCUCAGGGAUAUUAUCGACCGGUUUAUUGCAUACAAACGAGGCAAUAUGCGUGGUACCCGUAUCAGAGGUGCCAUACAGGACCAAGGAGAUCCAAUGGAUCUAAGUGCAAUGCCGACCACCUCUGGCCGUUCGCGAAACCGCCGUCCGAAAAAGACCCUGAGAGACGCCUGUUUUGGCUACGGACGAUCAGGACACUUCAAAAGAGACUGUCCGCAAGCUAAACCGGCGGAAAACUAG